GACGUAUUGUUGCUAGAUGCGUGGUUUUAUAGGGCUCACUGAAAACGCAAUCUAGACAAAUAAAAGUCUUGCAAGUGAACCGAGAGAGUGGGAGUUAAUUAUUGCUGAGGCGUAUGCCGACGGGAGAGGGCAUUCAUUCCACCUGCACCGUUCGAACAAGGUCUAGGCUUUGAGGGGGCGAGAGAGGGGGGAAAAGUUCGCAACGUGACAGCCAGUUACGCGCAGCCUCGAGUUGCAAGCGCGCGCAUUUCCAGUUCGGCUGCUUGAAGGGCAAAUAGGGAGGCACAGAUCCAGAUCCGACCGAGCAACUAGGCCUGAUUGGCUCCCUUUUGCUGUUGUAUCUAUUAUCUAUUAUCUGGCUGAUCGCACAUUUAAUAGCGGGUAAUAACAAUAAUAAUAUAAAAAAAAAUCCCUAACGCGUGGUGUUGCCACCGGGUGAAACGUCAUCGUAUCACAGAACAGAAGAGCGGCGUGGCUGUGCAUGGGCGCGAUUGCACUCGGGACACGCAGCCGAGCUCGCGCGAGAUGCGUCACGGGAAGCGGCUCUUAAAAGCCAGCACGCGUGGAAGAGGCAUGGGAGCCGUUCUCAUCGCCGGGAAGGAUUUAACCAUUCCGGAUGUGGUUUUUCACCUUGGAAUAUCACGCACACUACAGGGAGGAAUACAGUAAGCGGUGCAACCCAUUCUCAAGCAUAAUAAUCAGACUACCUGCUGGCCUGCGCCUCUUGGAGCGGGAUUUCUCUCUCUAGGCUAUUUCGUGUCUUUUAAUUGCGAAUCAGUGGGAUUAGAACCGCUCACGCAACCUCUUCAGUUCACCCAGUGACUGGACAUUCUUUUGGAUUGCUCAUGAUUCCUGACUGGAGGACUCCCAGACUCAGGACUGAUUUCUGUGACAAAGAGCGGGGGGCGUCCGCGUGUCGCUAACGGUUUCCAUACAUCUCCGUGUAGACUAGGAGUGGAGAAGGGUUUGAGGCAAAUAUUGUGAUUAUUGUAUCGAAGUGUAAUGGGGUUUGAACACUUGAACAGUAGGUUGUCAUGCUUUCUUUUUCGGGGAUUCGUUUUCAAAUUGCGAAAGGCAAAAAAGUAACCAGGAUUGCCUGCAAUCAAGGAACAGGAGCUCCAGCUCUAUAAUUUCGAGAACUAUUUUUGGACUUGCUUGGGCGAACAGCAACAAUGGGCACAACGCUACAAGUUCUUCUCGGCAUGUUGCACUUCGUCUCCCUCGCCAGGAUGCCAACACACUGUGCCAGGGCACCGCUCGCACAGUGGCAGCCCGCAAAGAGUCACGGCUCUGAAUCAGGACAAGUGGUUAGAUGGAUGGAUGUGUAUCAGAGGAGCAGCUGCCAGCCCAGAGAGACGUUGGUGGAGGUGUGGCAGGAGUUCCCAUGGGAGACUCAUCACCUCUUCCUGCCAUCAUGUGUGUCACUGAGGCGUUGUGGCGGCUGUUGUGGUGACGAGGCCCUUGAAUGUGUGCCCACACACACGGAUACGCUCAGCAUGGAGCUUAUGAAGACUACAUACAUGAAGCACGAACUGGUACAGUUACCCUUCGUAGAACAUAGCCAGUGUGAGUGCAGGCCAAAAGGCGAUCUUCAUACAGAGCCAACCAGGCAAGACCCACGGCCAAUGAAAAAAGAGAGGAAAAGGGAGAGGGGAAAACCAAAGCGAAAGAAACAUGUCAGGAUAAAAGAGAUGACUCCAGCACCUACAGCACCUGCACCUCCUGCUCUCCCGUCAACUAUUUGCCCUUCUUCCCCUGCUGAAGAGCAAUGCCCGCCCUGCCCUAUGCGCAGGAUGACAUCACAGCCACCGAAGUGCGAGUGUACGUGCAGUUUGAAGGAGGUGAGCUGCACCAAAAGAGGCAAGAGACUCAACCAGCACAGCUGCAGAUGCGAGACCAUAAGAGUAUAAUGAAAUGAUGAGGGGUCCUUCCUUCCCUGGUUACAAGCACUGUAUCUUCAUCCAUCUUUCAAGACGGUGUCUUUCUUGUGGAGUUGUAGAGCAGGACUCACCUCACCAAGCGUAGUGGAACCUCCUGCUACCCUGCCACCCACCUUCUCACAUAUAGUGCAGUAUUAGAUGCAUGUAUUCAGCUCGGUAUCCGUGACCCAGUAUUGGUGUGUGUAUACCGUGUGUCUCCAGAUUCUCAUCGCUAAAGCCCCUGAUGCAUCAUGCUGCAAUGGCUCUGACAGCCAAUCACGCAUAGUGGCCCAAGCAGCUAGUGGAGUCACAGGAAAUGCAUGUUGCAUUCAAGUGGAUUGGAUUGUUGUGCUAAUCCAUGCUAAUACACAAAAUCGUAUAAUAGAGCUAAUAGAUCCUUCACCCCCAAGACAUUGUGGAAAAAAAUAACUCAUUGGUUGGAAACACUUUGCUCAUAUGAUUGUGUUUGACUGAUCUGGAAGCUGGAAUUCACAGUUUUAUUAAUGUUCAAACAACAAAGGAAUUUUUUUUUUUAAAUAUACCCUGAAACUUUGCCAAAAAACCCAGUGUCCUAAAUUAGGUUGCAGGACAUUAAAUCAUUAGGACAUUUCCCAUCUGUCAUGAGCAUAUCCAUGUGUUGUGACUGAUAGAGAGACUGGUAUUGAGAUGUGGUGAAUGGAUGGAUGGGCGUCUCUGUGUGGUCUGGGUAUAGAAUGAUAAAGAUCUGUGUGACAGGCCUGAUUUAUUCUCAGCCUCCGUAAGCCCAUCACGUGGCCUCCAGGACUGUAUCAAUGAGUCUUAUUGUGUUUGUUUGAUUUGCUUUUUGUCUGGCGCUUUCCUUUGGGAAUAAAUGAGACUUUCCCUUAGGCCAGGCAGUGAGGAGAAUGUCAAUAGUAAAGAGACCUGGCUAUAUUCCAUUGCUGAUUGCAGCAAACACACACAUACAAACAAACUCUCUCUUUCACACACAUACACACACACACACACACACAAACACAAAUACAAACUCCUCUUUCUGUCCUACUUUACUUACUUACGUACUUACUUACAUAUAUUGUUUUUAAAAUUUCCAAAGUUUCUACCUCUCUCUUAUUGUAAUUCAACCCUCCCCCAUACAUAACAGGUGACUAUAAGCUUUUCUUUAUUAUUACUAAGAGAAAAAUAAAUAAUUUUUUUUACUUUACAUGUUUAUAUCCUUAUAUUCAGGUGUUAUGUAAGUCUUAAGUAAUAAUAUUGUAGCCUUAUGUGGUUAAUUUAUAAAAAAAAAAAAAAAAAGACAGAAAGAAAAAGAAAGAAAAAAGUUGUAAUCGUGCCUUUGUUGUUUUGUGUUCUGUUAAUCUGUCUUAAAGCACCGGCCUGGGUGGCCUGCUAUGGACACAUUCUCUGCCCCAGCAUGCGUCUAUGCGAGGGUCUGUGUUUAGUUCGAACAAAGGGGCAAGAAUUAAAAAAAAGAACAGAAAAACAGCCCUGUACACAUCAGAGGCACAUCUGUUAAAUCAAUCAAAAGAUCAAAUCUCAGCACUGAUAUAAAUCAUCUGAGAUGUUUGUUUGUUAGUUUAAUAAUCUGUGGCAUUCUGCACUGACUAUAGGCUAUCCAAAAUAUAAUAUAUUUAUUUUUCUAUUGAGUUGCUUUUUAUAUCUAGCUUUUUAAUGUUGCUUCGUGGUAUUUUAUGCCAAUAUCACAUUAACUGUGCGAAUAUUAAUACCAGAGGGGAUAUAAUUCAGUAUUUUGUCUAGAAUCAUUCAUUGGUCAUAGCCAUCUGUGAAUGCUCAGGUCUGUAAGUUUGAUAUUAUCUGCGAGAAAUUGUGAAUAUAUAGUAUAUACUGUACAGUUCGGUGAAGGUAACAGACAGUGGUUGGCAUUAUAUCAAUAUGUUUGCCACAGUCACUUAACUACCUUGAAGUCUCAUCAUGUAGCAUAUCUGACUGAAAUCCAUGACAUAACUGAGGGUUAUUUUUGCAAUAAUAUGAUGAAGAUAGUAACUAGUCUGCAAUAAUGUAAAUAAUAAAGGUCCCUGAUUGACAAUUUCACUUCUGACAAUAAUAGUAAUUGUUCCAUUUGUGCUGGAUUGUUUUGUCAAGUUUGUUAACUGCUGUCUGAAAAAAAAAGACACCGUCUAAACUCAUUGUUUGUCUCAACUCAAAUGACUGUAUAGAUUUAUUUCAGACGUCAUCAUAUAUAUAUUUAUAUAUAUCAGGGCUGUCAAUUGAUAAAAAUAUUUAAUAGCGAUUAAUUGCAUGAUCAACUUGAGUUAACUUGUGAUAAAGUGCAACUUAAAUUAAUACUUUUCAAGUUUUUAAUACUCUGAUCAACAUGGGAUCCUCAUAGCAUACUCAACAUAGAGAAUGAAAUAUUCCUGUAAAUAUUUUAAGAAAUUAUGGUGUUUUAAAUUAUGUAAAUCAUCAGGAUUAAAACGAAACAGAUCUUUUGCUGUUUCCAGUCGGACGGUUUUAAUUGCCGGAUGUGUGCAUCAUAGCGGAUUAUGGUGUUUGACUUGAGACUUGGUGCAUCAACAAAUGUUUAGUGAUUAAAAAUUAUUUUUCAGUGGAGUUUAUUUUUUAUAGUGAAGAAAGGACGUCGUGAAUAAAUGUGUGUGGCGUUGAAGGUUUAAAUUUCGC